CCGGCCGCCCCCUCCCCCGCCCCGCCGCCUUGCCCUGCCUCCCCCGGCCCGGGGAUCCCGCUCGGCCCCCCGCCCCGGCCCGGCCGGGCGUCGGGGGCGGCCCGGGGCCUGUUCCGCUCUCCCCGCUGCUCCCCGCACGCUCCCGGCCCCGGCUGGGGAGCCGAAAACAAAGGGGAAGUGCGGGCUCUCCCCGCCCUGGCCGCUGCCGCGCGGUGCCGGGGGACUCGGGGAGCGAGUGGGAGGGGAGAGGCAGCCCCGGCCGCGCGGGUCUCCGAUCCCCCCGGAGGGCUUUCCCCCUUAUUUUUCCUAUUUUUUCUUUUUACCCUUUUCCGCGCUAUCUCCUUAAACCGGGGGAAGGGUAACUACAGCACGGAGGGGAGGGAGCGAGGAGAGGAGCUCAGGAAUGCGCUCUGGGGGAAGGCAGGGAGGAGGGGAAAGGCUGGCUGGCGGCUGGCGCUCCCCUCCCUCCAUCCCUCCCUCCCGCGGCGGCGAGGGACACUGGGGUCCUGCCGGCGCCCUCGGAGCGCUCCGCCGCCCGGCCCCAGGGCCCCCGCCGGGGGGGCGGGGGGUGUUUGGUUUCGAGAUUUGGCUGUUCUGGAAGCUGCUUGGACUUGAAUGACUAAGGCGGAGGGGGGCUGAGCUCUUUCUUCUGCUCCAGAUCUACCCCACCCCGAACUGGCCGCAAACUAAUUAUGAUUUUCCUAUAUCGCAAGGGAAGCGAGCAAAUUCUUGUCUCAGCUAUCCUUACCUUUUAAAGAAACUGAACUUGAAAGACUCCUACGUGUGACUUUAGUGAAGGGGGAGAAACAAAAAGGAUUACGAAAUUGCCUGGUCUGCUCCUGCCAAACGUCCACCCCAGCCUCGCACCUUCUCCUGGCACGGGGUGAGGCCCCCCCCCCAUGCCCCUAAUUUUUUUCCCUAAGAACUUUGUUUAGGGUUAAGAUUUCACAAAUAAAUAAUCACGGUUUAGAAAUUAACAAGAAAAGUACGAGCUGGGAACUUCCUGUGUCCCAUACGUUUUCCCACUACAGUAACCCACUGUGUAUCAAAAAUUAGGUGAAACACUUGUUCUUAGCAUGUUAAAUUCGCCUUGUACUCGGGUUCCCAGGUUUGUUUCUCUUGUCAAAGGCAUUUCUUUACCUAUGGCUUUAAACCAAGGCUUGCUGAAAACUUAGAUCUGUUUGUUUAAUCGUACUUGAUAGCUUUGUAGAAUAUGAUAUGACCAUAAAUAAUUUAUACAGUUUCAGCUUGUUAGGAUUCUUAGUAUGAAGUACUGAUUUUCGAGAUUUUGAGUUAGGGUUCUUGUUUGCGGAUGUAUUUCUCUUCGCUAAAAGAAGUUUGGGAAGUUGUUGACCUCGGAAGAUGAAAGAACUGGUUAUAUUUGGUAGAACAACUCCCCGCCCUCUGCCAAGACUGUAAAAAUGAGAUAGCGACUGUAGUACGACACAAAAAUAGCAUGUUGAGAAAACGCUACCUUCUGAAAUAAAUGAUAGAGGAAUUUAAAGAAACCCAAACAAACGGUGAAAAGUACUGAAAUACGGAUUGUGGGAAGCAUUAUAAUGGGAGAGUCUAUUUUUAUUUUCAAGAUACUUGGAGGAGUUUGAAUUUAUAUUGGAGCAAAUGUGGACGUGAAGAGCAAAACUAUUUUAGAGCUUACGUUCUUCGUCACCACAGUGAGCAGCCUCUUCGGAGUAGUCAGAUUUACAAUAAACAUCAAAAAGAAACUUGAUGGAGAAGACUCCUUUAUAGCACAAAUGAGCCUUCCAGAGGUUUGAUAACGGAUUUUUAAAUUCCUAAAUCUCUUCAACUUUAUGUAUUUGGCCAGAGGAGGCCUGAAGCUUUUUUUUUAUUUUCAGAGAACAAAAGGAAGAAAAACAUUUCCCGACGCAAAAAGGACACUGAAAAAGGAAUUCCCGAAGUACUUAUGUCUUGUCAUGUAUUUUGAGAUACUGAAAACUCUGGAAGUCUGUUUGCAAAGUAUUGGAAUUCCAAAACGAGGGCUCUUGUGACUCUUGCUGUCAAAGUUUAAGGACUAUGUUGGAACUAUUCUUCACUUUCUUCUUCAAAAGAAAAGCAAAUAAAAUAUAAUCUGUGUUCCUAAAUAGUCUCUGGAAGAAGCCUGCUAUCCCUUUAAGCUUUUCUGCUUUUCCUGUUUACGUUGGCAAAUGGGUGGAAGUAUUGUGGAGGCAGAAAACUUUUUGGAAUGUUGAAAAAAAGGUUUCAUGCAAAUCUAGUAAAUUGCUUCAAGACUUCAGAAUUUGAACACUAAGGGGCGCCAGUUAUUUUUUUUUCUGAGGCGUGAGUCCGCGAGCACCGCUAUUGACUCGGGCAGUAAAAUGAUCAAAUCUGUUAGAAGACGCCAAAGAAUGACAAAUUACUGGUGGAUUUGUGCAGAAAUUAGCAGAGUACGGAAAGACAUGUAUAACGACACAUUAAAUGGUAGUACGGAGAAGAGAAGUGCAGAAUUACCAGAUGCUGUGGGACCUAUUGUACAGUUACAAGAGAAACUAUAUGUGCCUGUAAAAGAAUAUCCAGAUUUUAACUUUGUUGGAAGAAUCCUUGGGCCCAGAGGACUAACAGCUAAACAGCUUGAGGCAGAAACAGGAUGCAAGAUAAUGGUCCGAGGGAAGGGCUCAAUGAGGGACAAAAAGAAGGUCUCCUUUAAGAGCAGAGACAGCCAUGAUGCAGCAAUUUUGGAGGUAGAGGAAGAACAGAAUCGAGGCAAGCCCAACUGGGAACACCUGAAUGAAGAUUUACAUGUACUUAUCACUGUGGAGGAUGCUCAAAACAGAGCAGAAAUAAAGCUGAAGAGGGCUGUUGAAGAAGUAAAAAAGUUACUGAUACCUGCAGCAGAAGGAGAAGACAGCCUUAAAAAGAUGCAGCUGAUGGAGCUUGCAAUCCUGAAUGGCACCUACAGAGAUGCCAACAUCAAAUCACCAGCCCUUGCCUUUUCUCUUGCAGCAACAGCCCAGGCUCCAAGGAUUAUUACUGGGCCUGCGCCUGUUCUCCCACCAGCUGCCCUGCGUACUCCUACGCCAGCUGGCCCUACCAUAAUGCCUUUGAUCAGACAAAUACAAACCGCUGUCAUGCCAAACGGAACUCCUCAUCCCACCGCUGCAAUAGUUCCACCCGGACCCGAGGCUGGUCUAAUUUACACACCAUACGAGUACCCCUACACGCUGGCACCAGCUACAUCAAUCCUUGAGUACCCUAUUGAACCUAGUGGUGUAUUAGGUGCGGUGGCUACUAAAGUUCGAAGGCACGAUAUGCGUGUCCAUCCUUACCAAAGGAUUGUGACCGCAGACCGAGCCGCCACCGGCAACUAACCUAUGACCUUCUGACCUCUGAACUCUUCACCCAAUGAUGACCUGACCAUGCCUGCCUGCUGAUCAGUUAACUGGUAAACGCCUUUGCUUGCCUGUCUUCAGUGCAGCGAGCUGGGGCACUUGUCCGUUCGUCUUACCAUCUAACAAAACAGACAAAGAAAUUGUUGUCCUCCAACUCCGCUUUUUGUUGUUCUCCUGUUUGGGUGAAAGUGGUUCUAGAACCUGCACUGAAUAGUAGUAAAGCAAUAAGGUCCAACUCAUCCCUCCGCACUGAUCAUCCUCUAGUGUCCCGCCCCAAGCGAACGGUAAGGAGGCCUCGCACGAGAUGGAGACAGAUGUCCCUUAACUACCCGAUGACAGAGGCAGUUACUGUGAGAGACUUCUAGGAAUAUUUUUCUUCUCAGAAAAAAAAAAAAAAAAAAAAAAAAAAAGUCAAAGCUCUCUCUGAAUGUACUGUGUGAUGAUGCAUCAUGCAUGAACCUUUGGUCAGGGAUGUCAUUGGGGAAGGGAUUCCAAAAAGUAUUCAAAAUUUGAUAUGCUGUUUAGUCACUACCAGUGCCCUCAAAGGGCAGAUGUUGCAGCCUUUUUUCUAUUGCCUGCCAAAUUGGACGUUUUAAAGGAAAGUGUGCCAUGAAAUGCAGAUUACGAUGACUUUUCAGAACUACAUUAAUGCAGAGAACAAAACAGCAACACUAUUAAAGCAAAAUACAAGUUUAAAUCGUUUUAACCAUAUUUUAACCUCCUUGGAAGAUUACAUGAGAACAAGGUACAUGCAUUAUGUGUCACAUUACUGGGCAAACUGUUCAAAUAUUUUUUUUAAACCUCCCUGUAUAGAAAAAAAUUCAUUAAGGAUGUAAAAGCCAUGCUUGCCUAUUUGCUGUAUACAUGUAAUGAAAUGUAGAUAAAGUGUAGUGCAUUGAAACAAAAUGAACAAAAAAGUAGAUACUUUUACUAUACAAGGGUGCUGGUGCAGAAAAAAAUAUAUUUUUGGAAAUGUAGCAUUUUAUACUUUCAAGUGUUAUAAAAAAAGAAAAAAAGAACAAAGAAACCCUUUAUUUCAUUAAAUGAUUUUUUCUGGUGGUUGUCAAGAAACAAAAGACCAAAAGAGCCUUUUAGUCUUUCUUUUUUAUUUUUUAAGUAUUGGAAUAAGUCUAAAGAAAAGGAAGUGCCUUAUUUUCUUCAUGGUCAUUUAGUCAAAUGUCUUGUAUAAUCAGCUUCUCCCUCAGACAAGUUACUGCAUGCCACUCAGUCGCCCAGUAUGUGAAAGAAGCUGUGAGGGAAGACAAAUGAUGAGUUGACCAUAUUAAUUACCUGAUUUUUGCCAUACUAGUGUGAUGUGACUUUGCCAAAAUCUCAUUAAGUGAAGUAUUUGCUAAGUUUUCAUCAAACCAGCCCAUUAUUCUUUCAGCAACUCCACUUGUUAAAUCAUAGCAAAUACCGUACUUGCGCAACGUAAACCAAAGGGUUCUGUGAUACAGACUGUCUCAUGCUAAAGGAGAUUAUUAGCUGACAAAUGUUUGUAGAGCUGGAAGUUAGGUCAUUUUUGUUCAGGGAUGGAGAGGAGUUUUCUUGAUUCUGGUUGAAAUAAAUAUUACAUCAACUGUAGUAGGCUUCGGCAUCACCCAGAAAAUGGAUGUUCUGCAGACAAUGAACCUGAAAGUGCUUAGCGAGUUUUCAGUCAGUGACUGAGCACAUCCCCAGUUUCCACAAACAGCUCCUGCAGUGUCAAACAGCACUGAAGUUGCUUACUUUUCAGCUUGUCUUCGACUAUUGUUAGAUCUGGCCCAUUGGCUUUUCUUGAAAGGAUAAGCAGGAGAGGGACUUCAGCCAUUUGAAGUCCAACUAUACCUUAUUUUUAACCCUUGUGUCUACAUGAGGUUCAAAUAGCUGGGCAAUUGCAAGAGCUGAAGCUGUUGAACGCACAGUAUUUAAUUCUGAAAACAUUAAGUGUUACAUUGUGGGGUUCAGUACUAAACUUGGCAAAUAUCAGGUGAUAAUUUUACUCCCCUCUUGUCAACUUAUUCUCCUCCUGCAAAUCUUCACAGCUUCCAAAUAAAAGGUCGAUAGUAAGCUAAGAGGGCUUACAUUUUUUAAGCACCUGCAUGGUGACCUCAUCUAACAUCUUGUCUCACCUGGAAAUAAUUAUCAGUUUAUUUACUAUGCAAUAGACAUUCAUCCUUUCGUAUUCAGCUAGAUUUUUGUUUAUUGUGCCACCAGCUUUGUCUUCCUGUUACACAUACAGUUGUGUUGAUUUUAUUUACAGUAUAUGCUGUGCCAUUUUGAUUUUAUUUUGGUUGGUUGGUUGAAUAAACUUGCGACACUCGAACAUUUGAAGAGAGAUUUGCUAAAACAAUACCAGUAUUUGAUCCAGUUUCAUCUCAACUAUGAUAAAACCUGGACAUUUUAGACAUUUAUCAAAGGUCUUUUACUCUUGGGGGGGGAGGGGAAGUGUAUGGAAUAGAUGUGUGACAUGUGAAAGUAAUGUUUGCUCUGAACAAACUUCUGAAAACUUAGUUGACAAAAUUUUGGAUCAGCUUAAAAAAAGCAUGACUUUUGAAAUCUCUGAAUGCCUUGGUUCUCAGUAUUAUCAUUCUUUAAUGACUUUUUCUUUAUUAAAAUAAGUAGUUUUAAGACUCCUUUCUGACAGUAUUAUGUAAUUUUUUUAGAGUGGGUAGAUGGGAGUGUCGCUUGUAUGUAACCGUACAGAUGACAUGUAUUUGUCUAUUCUUUAUUAUCUUAGUAGUUUCAUGCUAUGUAUGUACCAUAACCAACCUAUUGCCUAUGAGAAACAUGUAAGAUAAUGUAUUUACAGCCAUUGUUACAAGUUUAUAAUGUAUUUUUCUAUCUUGUUUUAUAUGUAUGUUAUAUAACAUUCAAAAGAAUUUUUUUCCUGAUUGAGAAAAAAGGAUACAAAAUGCAAAACCCACAAUUUUGAUAACUGAAAAAUUGCCAAUUGUUUUGCAGUACUUUAUUAUAUUGGGAGUGUUGUCUUUCUUGGGCUUUUAGUUAGCUACUGGAUGAAUACAUUAGACAUAUUUGGGUUUUAGUUGGGUUUUUACAUAGCUUGCAUUUUAAUUCUUUGGUUCUUUGCUGUUUCUAUUAACCCAUAGCAUUAUUUUAAUAAAUGUUAUAAUACCAACCUACUAACUCUGGAUUAUGUCUGUUUAUUAACCAUUACAUGUUUAAUUAAAAUAAACAAAUAAAGACAGAAGAAUGUAAAGUCGAGUUACUGGACUAACCCUGAAGAACGUGACCACAGAUAACACAACGUGACUUGUUUUUAUGUUGUUUGUCAGCUGACAUUCUGCACACUACUAUUAAGUUGGCUUUGGUCAUUCUGGCCUUUUACCUUGGGGAAUAGGUGCCAGUAGAAAUGGGAACAAAGUAGCAUUUUGAGGCAUUCUUCUUGUAGAGUCUUGCCACUUGCCUUUCAGCAUCUGCAUUACUAAUUCCACACUUUCUUUUUCUUUCUCUAAAAUAAUUAUUGCUGGCUCACAGCAAAAGAGCAAAAGAUGCCAGUGGAUUGGUAAAUCGUGACGGUGUACAGAAACCAGUUUGAUUCUUUGUUGAACCAUUCAGAGGUUGCAGUUUAUUGCUCAGUAAUUUGUGAUUUGUUGGUUUUGGCACCUGAUUCACUGUUGCAUCACAUGACAUUUCUAUGCACAAAAUAUUUCUGGAUAGAAUUGCUGCACAUUGAAACACAAAACCUGGGGGUUUCCUUUGGCAAAAGUGCCUUAUUUAUACCACGCUGUUUCAAGUAACUUUAUUUUUAGUACUUCUGCUGAAGUCUAUCAGUAUUGCCUAGCUCAGGGGAGUACAAUUUCUGUAAGCCAAAGGUCAGACUUGAUCUUUUCCUAGUGACUGCAGAAAAUACAAAAAUACACCUUCCACUAAAUUACCAAGCAACAUCCAUUUCAAAUUCCAGAGCUGCCUUUAUGUGAUCUUUAUCCCUGUGGAUGACUGGAGCAACAUGAAUGUGGGGAAUUGAAAUGGUGAAAAUGCUGUUUUGAAUGUACAUCUAUGCAAAUAUUUUUACAGAUAUGAUUCCCCUUUCUUAGAACUACACUGUCUGAGGCUCCUUUACAUUUCCCAGGUAGUUCUAGAUUUGUAACCUUGAGUGGGCAGUAAUUACACUAAUGUUGAGGGAGAUCCUCAAGUAGAUAACUUUUCAGAUGUCAACAGUUUUCUUCCUGAAAGUCCAUUUUUUUUCCUGUAGAUAGUAAAAACUCAGAUGAGGACAUCUGAAUCUGUUCAAAUUCCUCCUUUAACUUAUGACAUUUCAAACUAUUUAUCUUGAAAUACAUGCAGUAUAAAACUUUAUAAAUAGAGUUCUCACAGUAUUGCUAGUAAUUAAAAUUUUAUGCAUCUUUAUGGUGAAAAAUAGUCUAGCUUUUAUGACAUAUGUUAGUUUUCUAAUGGCAUGUAGUUCUUUGUUUUACAAAUAUUUCAGGUAGAGAUGAAAUACUAAUUCAUUUUGAAUCGUUUCACUUGUGCAGAAUUUUCUUUUUUAAUUUACAGAUCAUGUUGCUAUCCUAAAACUCAGCCACAGGCAGAUGAUUAGAAUAUUAGCUAUUUAUAACAGAUAAUAUCAGGACCUUAUGACUGGAUAAUGGAACAAGUGUCAUUACAGAGCAAAUAAUUUAUAUUUUUAAAGAAUUUUAUCAGAGGCGCACAUGUAGCUUGGUGAAGUACUCUGUUCAGUAUAGGUGAAACUAUUCAGAUGGAACAAAACUUUAAUGUUUUAUAUUGAAGAAUACUUCUAUUUCCAGAACUGCUGCUUUUCUGUAAUAUUUUAUUAUUUUGUGUUUUUAUCAAUAGAUGUUAACUACUGUUAUACUUUGUCCACAGUGCAUUUUCAUCUCAUUCUUCAGUAUAUGCAGUAGUCGAAGUUGCUGUAAAUUUUGUAGUACUUUGAUGCUGAAGGACAGAAAAAAGUAAGAAAACACUAAAAUACAAAUAAUACAUUCAUUAUUGUUGCCCACCAAAGGCAUUUUUUAAUUUACCUGAGUGCCUAUCUAAAAAUUUAACUAUUUUAAACUUUGCCUGCUUACAGGAAAGAUACGAACUUUUUUUAUCAUGUAAUUUGAAGAUGACUUCGGUAUUGCUAAAUCACUGAAGUUAGCUUCUUUUUCUUUCCUACCAUUCUGAGAUUAAAUUGUCUUAACAUUUGAAAGAUCAUACAUACCUUCAAGACAAUUAGAUAAUUGCUCUUUGAUCCAAUAAAAUGGGAUUUGUAUUAGGAUAAAUAUAUUUUUUUAGGUGAGAAUAUAAACAGAAAUAUCAUCUAGAUUUUCAAAGUAAAAUCUGAGCAAUGCUGUUCAUAUCUUAAAUGUUGUACCAAAGUACAGCAAAUUUAAUUUCUUCAAGAGUAUUUUUGUGCAUACUAUAAAGUGCCUUCAAGAAAAUCCUUAAGAUAUUUUAAUGAGCAUAUGUUCAGUAUACUGACAAUACUGAUCUGUUAUUUGAACAUACCUUUUAAAAGUGUUUCCAAAAUCUACAUGUAGCAAAAGGUUUAUUGCCAGAUUGUACUCCAUGAGGGGGACCACUAAAAGGUUUUCUGCCCAGAAAAUGCAGGGAAACAUUGAAGUGUGUUACCAUCCAUUAAGGAAUUAACUUGGGGGAAACAUGAGUUCAUGAAACUGAGUUCUUUGUGUCUGGCUAAAAGUACCAGUUAUCAGAAAUAGCACAUUGUACAGAAUGAAAUCCGAGUAACACAUUCCUAGGGCUGGAAGUACAUAAUUGUUCCCGGAAUUUCUGUUUUGUUUUAAUAUGUUUGAUACAUUUUUCUAAAACCCUGUUAAUGGAAUACUGUCCAAAUAACACAUGACCCAUAAGAUUAACACGUGGUAAUCAAUGUUGAAUCAAACUGGUUAACGAAAGUACAGUGCUCUUCCUUCUCUGUGCCUGCGCGCUAAUUGCAGGUGGUGCAUAGGGGCUGGGGCUUAGGCACAGCAGGCUGCAGUCCUAAUUUCUUGGUGCCUGCAGUUUGGGUGUCCAUCUCUGACAACAGACUAACUGAGAGGAGACUGCCUCCCAAGGCAAAGAUUAACUGAGAUCUGAAACUCCUAGUAGAAUUAAUUGAAAAUGCAGCAACAAUAAAGUGACAUAUAUACAUAUCUGCUUUGACUUGUAUUAUGGCAGUUUGUGUGAAACAUUUAAGGUUUUGUUUGUGCAAAAUAAUGUAUUCUGAGGGGAAAAGCAAACAUGGACGUUGCCAAAACACAUGUAAAUAAACACCAUUUAUGACUGUACAUUAUGUGCAAUAAAGUAACUGGAAAAAGUGCAUGUACUUUAUCCUCAAAAGAAAACUGACAGCUCUCAAAGCUGUAGCUAUAGUUUUAUUUUCUGAAAAGUUAAAUUUUAUUCUGUAUCUAAAUCACAGAAUAAAGAAUGUACAUUUUUCACACUUAAAUUUUCACCAAUGCUUCUGGCCGUGUUAUGAAAGAUAUUAAUUAUUGAAGAGGCUUAAACUUUCAUGGUCGUCCGAUUAUCAGGGUAUAUUUUGCUUAACAGUUUCUUAUUGCAUAUGCUGUUGUUUGUAACUAAAUGAAAGAAGUAUGCAUUAUAUAUCAUAAACAUGCAAUACACUUUUUGCAUAUGGGUUUGUGGAUGCAUCAGUUUUAUAAAUUUUGCAAAGAUAACCACAUGAUUUUGGGGAUAUUGUACUUUUGUAGUGUAAAUGUUACAAUUGUUAUGUUCAGAAAAAAUAAGAGAAGUACUACUUUACUGUAACUUUAGCACACUGGUUUGGGGCAUAGGUUCUGAUUACUGUAGAAAAUGAAGAUGUCUGCCACUCCACCUAGUGUGAAUCUGGCAAGAAACACACUUUGUAGAAGAACUAGA